AACCUCCUGAAAAACCACUGAAUGUUGUUACGCAAACACUAGCAAAAGAUCGCAAUCGAAAAAGCACCCACCCACCCACGAAAACUCUUCAAUCAAAGCUUUCAAAAACGGAGGCACACAAUCGAAAAAUGAACUUAAAACGCUUAUUUGGAGAAGAUGAAGAUGAAUCCGAAGAAGAAGAAGAAGAAAGGGACCCACAACAAGAGAAUAAUAAUCAAUCAUCACCGUCUAAUUCAGCAUCUUCGUCAUCAUCUUCAUCACGCGCCGCCACGUCAUCUUCAUCGUCAUCUUCCUCAUCGGGUUCAAGUUCGUCUAAUAGGAGUAGAAGUAGUAGCGGAAGUGGCAGUGAUAAUGAUGAUAAUGAUAAUGGCGAAGUUAUUUCUCAUACUAAUCAUUUCAUUAAUGAGUUAGAAGAUGAUGAUGAUGAUAAGGACCUGUUUGGUUCUGAUAAUGAAGAUUAUGUUAAUACUCUUUCUAAGAGUCGUUUCCCUGUUCCUGUUUUACCCCCUAUACGUAACACUAACCACCAACCAAGGGGAGGCUUUGGCCGGGGUCGCUGGCAAAAUGAUAGAGGAGCUGGCAUCCUUCCGCGACCAGGACCUUAUCCCCCAAGGCAGAACUAUGGUUAUGGUCCCAAGUUUUUCAAUGGCCAUCGUGAUGAACGCUUUGUCUCUGAAUUGAAGUUUGCAAAGAGUGAAGAAACAUUAGCAAGAAAAUGUAUAGCAUUUCAAGAGCCAUGUGAACUCGCGUGCUUCAGUCGAGUUGAAGGUGGAGAUGUCUACUUUGAUGACCGCAGCUUGAGGCUAUUCAAGCGUCUAAUUACUGAAGAUGUUGGGGCAGAUCUAAAUGAUGGUUUUGACACUUUUGUUGAGAAGAAAGAUUUGGGCUCUCAAGGGUUUGGUGACUUACUGGCUAGUAUCAGGAAUAAAAAUAUACCACUUGAUAGAAUGCAUUUUGUGACUUAUCGCAACAACCUCAAUAAGAUAAUGGCUACUGCUUAUAUCAGGCAUGAACCUUGGGAAAUGGGAGUGCACAAAAGAAAGGGGGUUGUGUAUCUUGACGUACAUAAACUGCCAGAAAGGCCAAAGAGUGAGCUGGACCGGAGAAGGUGUUACUGGGGAUAUUGUUUCGAGAGUCUUGCAACAGAAGACCCUAGGCGAUCUGAUGGAGAAGGGAUACACGACGUUGAUGCCAACGUUGAAUAUUGUGCUGUAGUUAAGACAAAAUUAGGAGCGCAUCGUAUUUUAAUGGGGGCUGAAAUGGACUGCUGUGAUUCAACUGAUGAUGGGAGGAGGUUUUAUGUGGAACUGAAGACUAGUCGCGAGCUGGAUUAUCAUACUGAGGAAAAAUACGAGAGGGAGAAAUUGCUCAAAUUUUGGAUCCAGUCAUUUCUUGCUGGUGUACCUUAUAUUGUUGUUGGUUUUAGGGAUGAUGCUGGUCGUCUUGUCCGCACGGAAAGAUUGAGAACUAAAGAUAUUACACACAGAGUAAAAAUGAAAAGUUACUGGCAGGGUGGAGUGUGCUUAGCAUUUGCAGAUGAAGUAUUGUGCUGGCUCUACGGGACAGUAAAAGAAAAUGAAGAUUACAUAUUGCAGUUUACUCCACCUUCUGCGCGUUUGGAGCUUCUUCAAGCUCAGUCCUGCCCUGAUGCAAUAACAGACCAUGUUCAACAGUUAUAGUACCUAUGGAUGAUCAAAUUCUUCAUAAAGGGUUUUUGAGGUGGUAACAAUUCCAUAGCAUAGCGCUGUUCGCUGAAGAGUAAGAACGUUCCCCUUUUCUUCUGUGGAAUUUUUGUAUCAACUGUAAUCAGUUGUAAAGUUUUUGAUGAUGCAGGAAAAUACACCCCUAUUACAUCGUUUACUUCGGAGUGUUAUCGAAGUUAAGUUGUAGGGGCUGUGUAAACGUUUACCUGAAAUGGUUACAAAAAUCGGAAUUCUCACUUUUUGUUCUUUAAACUGUGUAUUCCUGAAGAAGUUGCCAUCCUUUCUGGUGGCCUCUUGGCAAUGCCUCUUAUAGGGUCUUCCACGUCGAACGAGAGAGGGGCCUUUGACGGGACCGAUGUAAGAUUCAAUAUUCAGAAAAUCUUGUAUGCUGCUAUAUAGACUGAAAGUUCCCAAGACAAUAUCGGGAGUACUUAUUUUAUGUGAUGUGUAACUAGACCGUCAAACUCUCUCCCGCUAUACCCAGCCAAUUCUCAAUGGUAUUAAGGUAUAGUAUUACAUUUUAACAGACAUACUUCUUCAUGAGGAGGAAAGUCUUGGGAGUUCUAUCAUUUGUACUUCCAAUGGGAGUUUAAUGGUGAAGUUAUUGUCAA